AUGGAGGAAGAAGAAGGCCGGGAGGAGCAGAAUUGGAAACACAGCAAACCAGUGAUCAAUAUAAUUUAUGGCGGUCCGGAAGGUGGCGAUUCGGCUCGGGAAAGGAAACAAUGGGGUAGACAGCUUUAUGUAGGGGCAAUUCAACAUGCAGUCGCCCCAAAGAAGCCUAGAAGGGACCCGAUCAUUUUUACGGAUGAUGAUAUACCGCAUGGAACGGUCCCGCACCGAGAUGCUCUGAUGAUAACCAUAGAUAUAAAAGGAACAGUCGUUCGGCGAGUGUUUGUAGACACAGGAAGCAGUGUAAAUGUGAUGUAUGCAGAUACUUUCAAUAAGCUUGGUUUAGACUAA